GCUACAUCAUGGACACUAUCACAUCUUUUGUUGGAAUGGGAGACGAUGUUACAGAAGAAACCUUCAAUUGGGCAUCUAACAACCCUAAGAUCAUCAGAGUUUCGUCGAUGAUCGCCCGUCUCAUGGACGAUAUCGUUUCACGCAAGUUUGAGCAAGAGAGAGGACACGUUGCGUCGGCCGUCGAGUGCUACAUGAAGCAACACGGAGUUUCGGAAGAAAAGGCAUGCAAGAGUUGAGUAAGCUGGUUGAGAAUGCCUG